AUGAUCACCCUGACCGAAAAUCCAGAUGAUGAAUACUUAACACCUGGACACUUUCUCGUUGAAGGAUCACUAAUAUCAAUACCACAAACGGAUCCGGAUCACAAGAACUUGAAAACCAGAUGGCAGAUGAUCCAAGACAUGAACAAACAGUUCUGGAAAAAGUGGUCAUCGGACUACUUACAACAGUUGCAAGUUCGUACAAAGUGGAGAACACCAUCAAAAAAUAUUGAGGUCAACAACAUUGUCCUUAUCAAGGACGAAAACUUGCCCGCCGGCAAGUGGUCAAUGGGUAAAGUCGUCGCCUUUCACCCUGGCAAGGACGGAUACGUACGUGUGGUGUCCGUCAAAACUAAGAAUGGAGUUAUGCAGUGGCUGAUUUAA